AUGUACUUCUUGCGGCUCUCCAGAAUCCUUCGUGACACUAUUCCGUCGCUCGUCUCAGAAUUAUGUCGCGAGGAUCAUACACGUACGGCUGCCGACACUGCCGUCGAUGCUUCAAAAGUCGUCGAAACGCGGUUGAACAUUGCUGCGAAGGUGACUCGAAACAGCGCCUUGCCUGUACCCAUCGCGAUUGCGAGUUUGCCUGCUUUCAUGAAAGACAGAUGCGAAGACACUGGGCUUCGGUUCACCCCGAAGAGCAUGUCUCCAAACAUCGAUGCUGGCGUAUUUGCCAAAGUGAGAGAACGUUCUCCGGAAGAGUUACUUGCUCGGAAGGCAAGGGUCACACGCAAGCCAAAUCAGCCAAGGUCUCGAGAUGAUAUGCAGGGUGGCGAUGCAUUAGAGGUUGGAGGCAGCGGCGUCUCUCCGGCCCGUUUUCCGAGCUUUAAUCGGCUUGGGAAUGGAGAGGCAGCCGUGCCUGAAGAAGCCAAAGACGAGUUAGAUGACAGAGAAUCCGACUGCACCAUAGACGACGCAUCAGUUCCAGGCAUAGCCAAGUCUUGCCACAGAGAGCUCGGCUACAUCGCGGAGGACGGACGCAACUACACUGGUCGACACAACACAGAGGGAAGUUGGGCAACUGAAGAGGUCGAUAACUUCAUUCAUGCUACCGAGACCGUCAACAAUGCUACCAGCAAUAGCUACGCGUCUUCUGUUAACUGGUUCAGCCCAUCUCUUGCUGACCAGCUGGUCGCAAGUGGCACCACUGCUUACGCACAAGAUCGCACCAAUGUGCACGACAUGUUCGUGCCGUCCGGCACUUCAGCAAAUUCAAGCUAUGAGACAGCAGAAGCUCAGCUCCUGCAGUACUCCAGUAAUCUUCCCUAUGCCAGUGGUUCCUCAAUGGCUAUCCCUGGUUACGGAGGAAAUUUGGUUGGAUUUGGGGGACCUACUGGCAUAUCAUCGGUGUCAAACAAUGGCUUCGGAAAUGGAGUAUGGUUGCAGCACCAAGGGAGCCGGUACCAUGACAAUACCACCGUUAGCAUGCGCUCUGACGCGAUGCAGGAACGUCUCGCUCCAUCAGACGAGGCUGCGUGGCACCAACCGGCUCCCAAACCCUCGCUAACGGAACUGGGUGACAACGGUGUCUGGACGCGCGUGACUGAUUCAAUGCUGCAACACAUUUUUGCACGUUCACAAUCCUCAAUGGACCAAGGACCCACCCAGAAUUAA